UAUGUAGUGUGUGCGUGCUCGUUCCCGUCAAGCACGUAGAAGGAAACGUAACAACUGCGUCAUUUGCGCGGCGCCUUGCUCCCGAUGCACUUCUCCCGAAAUCCUAAAGAUAGAUGUUUCGAUUUCAGUCCCUGGAUGAUGACUGUACGUUGGAGGAGGAGGAUGACGGGCUGAUAGAGGAGGAAGAUGAGAUCGAUCAGUUCAAUGAUGACACAUUUGGGGCAGGAGCAAUUGAGGAUGACGACUGGCAGGAGGAGCACAAACGUCUGGCGGAGCUGGAUGAACGCGAUGGACUGGGAGGGGUUGUGCCAGGAUCUGGACCGGGAUCUGGACCGGGACUCGGAGCUAUGGGGGGAGCUGCAGACACCCCACCACUUGGCCCCCCUGCAUCAUCUCUGCCCUCACUAAACUUCACGUCUUCCUCUGGUUUUCCUCGUCCAGAUACAGAGGAGAGAGGAGGAGGGGGAGGUGACCUGGCAGAGUCCUUAGCCCGGUUCAUACUUGAUGCAGACCCUGCCAUCGCUGGUGUGGGGGCAGCAGAGAGACCAAACCCCGCUCUGUCCGGUCUCCAGGGUUUGGACCGGUCCAGAGUCCUGCCUCAGCCAGCCCCCAUCCCAAACCAACUCCCCCCUCACCCCCAGAUGCCCUCCACUUCUGGCCUGCCCCUUGGCCCUGCAUCAAUGCUCAGCUACCAGCAGCAACAGCAGCAGCACUUAAUGCGCAGAGGAACUUCUCCUAUGGGACAGAUGAACUCUCACAAUAUUUGGGAGAACAGUAUGGGGUUUGGGCCCGUUAGCGUCACCCCAGGACUGCCCACGCACAUGGAGGACAGUCCACUUAUGUCCAUUAUCAAAGAGGUGGGUUUGCCCAAAAGACCACCUCAGAACCGGAGCGAUGAAAGCAGAGAUCUGUCAGAGAGGGUGCCGCCCCCUCGCUCAUCCUCGCCUGUGAUUGGCUCUCCUCCUGUGAGAGCGGUUCCUAUCGGGACUCCACCCAAGCAACCAAUGAGCCACGCCCUCAACCAUCAGAUCCACCACCCCACUGCAGUACACGUCCGCGCCCCGGUGCCUCACAGAUACCCCCCUCCUCAUUUCCCUGAGCGCCUAUCUCCAAACACCCUCCUCAACAUAGCAAACUCCCCUCUGUGCCGCGGUCCAUUUCCUCCUGGAGUUUUGUCUCAGAUCCAGAGAGCUCAAAUGCUCAACUCUCAGGUGGCAGGCUUCCCUCGCGGAGGCCCCCCUCCCAUGAUGCCCGGAGGUGGGUUCAGGCCGUUCUUCGGUGGUCCUCCUCCUCAUGGGCAUAGGAUGGGACCACCCCCUCCUCAUGGACCCCCCAACCACCCGCCACCCAUUCGCCACAACACCACCCACCUUCACCCACAGCAUCGCAGAAUGCUCACCCAGCGCAUGCAGAGCCGAGGAGGGGGCCGGCCUGGACUGGAUCGGCGCAGCAGAGACCCCUACAGUAACCUGAUGACCCAGAAGGAGAAAGAGUGGGUCACCAAGAUCCAAAUGAUGCAGCUCCAGAGCACUGACCCCUAUUUGGAUGACUACUACUACCAGAACUAUUAUGAAAAGAUGGAGAAGCGUCAGGAAAAGGAACGAGACAGCAGUAAAAAGGAGCAUACCACCAAACUCAUUACUCCACAGGUGGCCAAAGUGGAGCACACCUACAGGCCAGUCCAGUUUGCAGGAUCUCUGGGUAAACUGACAGUGUCCAGUGUCAACAACCCUCGAAAGAUGAUCGAUGCAGUGGUGACGAGUCGCUCCGAUGACGAGGAAAAGCGUGAGAAACAAGUUUGGAAUAAGAGACGCCAGAUCCUCUAUACAGUGGAGAAGAUGUACAGUUUGUUGCUGGAGGUGCAGGACUUUGAGAAACGUUUUGUCCUGACCCCAGAGGAAGAGAGAGAGGCUCUGCUCGAACAACACAAAACUAACACGGUUCAACUCUGCAACUCUUUGCGUGAGAAAGAGUGGGAGGACAAGGUGAGUGACGAGCAGCUGGUGAUGAUCAUGUCCGUGAGGAAGGGGAAGCGGUUGAUCUCCAGGCUCUUCCCCUUCCUGCCCUCUGCCCAGGCAACAGCCGUUCUCAUGGCAAUUGCCCGAAACCUGCCCGCACUCGCCAAGAAGGACAAACAGGACCAGGUGCUGUGUUGGUUAGUGGAGCCCGUCUCUACUGUGGUCCAGUCCAUGUCCAGCUCUGCUCUCACUGACCUCCUCCAGGAGUUGCAAAGCACCGAGGGGCAGCUAGCAUCAGUGCUACACAACAAGUUUGGAGUGACGCUGCUGUAUCUGAUCCUGAGUGAAGGGGAGCGGAUGCAGAGCUCUGAGCCAAACUGUCAGCUCAUGGACGACAAUCGAUGGACUGAGCUGGUGUUCUCUGUGACGCGGGAGCUGCUGUCUGUCCCGUCCGCGUCUCUGUCUCCUCCGUUAUUCACACCUCCAAACCUCCUCUCACUCUUCUCCCGCUACGUUGACCGGCAAAGAUUGGAAUUGUUACAAGACAAACUACAGAUCUCAGCUUUGUCCAGGUAGAAGUUACUACAGUGGUGGACACAGCCCUCAUUGCAGAUGUUUUCUUUGGUGUGAAUGGUGACUGGAUCUGUCAUUUUUAAACAGCAGAAUCUAACGAAUAAUGUAUUUUGUUUAGUCUCUGGUUUGAAUGUGUGUGUGAGACGAUCAUGAGCGAAGGACUGUGUGUAUGACAAAUGACAAUGAAAUCUGCAUUUUUAAAUAUCUUGUUUACGAUUAUGCCCGUGAUGAACCUUAAAAUUAAAAAAGUAUUUCUAUUAUAUAAAAUGUACUGUUUCAUUAUUUUGAAUGUGUACAUAAGUUGUUUCAAUUUCACAGUUGGCACCAAUAAAGCUUUUUAAAAAAAACACAGGCAA